CUCUGGGUUGGCCGACAUAGAGCCGUUGGGCUUGAUCCGAUCAUGAUCGAAUACCAACGACAUCAGUUAAGCUCUGCUAAAAGCCCAAGUAAGAGCUCGACCUUGAAGUCCAAAAAUUGAGCCCAAGCUCAAAUCAUGCGCGAAUGAGCACUAAAUGAAGUGGACUAGCUUCCAAGUUCAGCGAUGGAGCUCCUCUUCUCCUCUCUCCUCCUCUUUCUUCUCGGUCCCAUCGCUUCGAUCGCGAGAGGCGGUGACCGGAUCCCGAACCCAUCAGGUUUUUGGGAUCGGAGCGGUGAGUUCUCAGCUCGAAGCUUGUUGCAGGAUCACAAGCCGCAGGAGCUAGAAGCUUUGGCUGAUGGAUACAUGAGCAAUUCAGAACUCGAGAAGGCGAUUGAGGAGUUUGGAAAGAGAUGUGCGCACAUUUCUAGGGUAUACAGCAUUGGCAAGAGUGUAAAAGGGUUCCCAUUGUUGGUGAUUGAAAUUUCUGACAAGCCCGGGAAGGAUGAGGCUGAACCCGCAUUCAAGUUCAUUGGUAAUGUGCAUGGAGAUGAACCUGUGGGUCGCGAAUUACUUAUACUUCUUGCAAACUGGUUGUGCAACAACUACAUGAAAGAUUCCUUGGCAACAUUGAUCAUAAAAAAUGUUCAUCUUCAUAUUCUUCCAACAAUGAAUCCUGACGGAUUUGCUCUUAGGAGACGUGGGAAUGCAAACAAUGUGGACCUAAAUCGGGAUUUUCCUGACCAAUUUUUUCCGAUAAAUGAUGUAGUGGACUUGCGACAACCUGAAACCAGAGCAGUUAUGAGUUGGAUAAAAGGGCAACACUUUACGGCUUCUGCAAGUUUACAUGGGGGUGCUCUUGUUGCAAAUUAUCCUUGGGAUGGUUCUGGAGACUCAAGAAAACGGUAUUAUGCAUGCCCAGAUGACAAGACUUUUCCAAGCCUAUAUAGCCAGUCGCACUAUAAUAUGUCUUUGAGCUCUGAAUUUGAAGGAGGGAUAACAAACGGGGCUCGUUGGUAUCCUAUAUACGGUGGUAUGCAAGAUUGGAAUUACAUUCAUGGGGGCUGUUUAGAAUUAACCUUGGAAAUAAGUGACGACAAAUGGCCUAAAGCAGAUGAGCUUCCUAUCCUCUUUGAGUACAACAGAAUGAGCAUGCUGAAUCUUGUUGCAAGUCUUGCCAAGACAGGCAUUCAUGGAAGGAUAUUCUCGUCGCACAAUGGUCACCCUCUGCCUGCCUCAGUAAUGAUCAAGGGAAUUGAUUACAAAAUCAAUGCUAGCGGAAGCUCUGGUGAUUAUCAUCGCAUUCUUGCUCCGAGUGGAAGCUAUGAAGUGACAGUUUCAAUGCCUGGUUACCGAGCGAAAACAACUCCAACCUUUUUGCAACAAUAUGCGAUCAGCUUGGAUUUCAUUUUGGAUCCUGAUGGUGAUGACGCACAUAGACGAACACCGCUCGAUGGCUGUGAUUGCAACUGUCUCGGGAUACUAAGGAGGGCCCACGGGGGGGUUUAUCUUGCUGUUUUUGUUAUCUUGUUGUUCCUCUACUUUUUGUUGAAGAGGAAAGCUGUGUUCAGGUUCCUGAAGCGAAGACACUCUUCCAGCCAUAGACGAGUUUCUGUAGUUUAGACAUUUCAUACAUGUAUAAUUACUUAUAAGAUAGUUUAUUUAUUACUUAUUGUAUAAAGAAAUGCAACAUUGUCCA